CCGUGGAUCCGAGGUGGAUAGAGGAGUUUGUCGGAUCUGUAGCUGGGUGAUAAAUGCAGUAUUGCCAGCUCAUCGGGCAGUGAUUGGCGCUGGGUAGAGGACGAGGUAAUCAAGCAUGGGAGGUAGAGGUCUUCGGGAAUGUUUUCUCUCACGUCUACGUACGGAGACGGAGGAGAAAGGUGGGGUUGGUGUCGUUGCCAUUCUGGAGCAGCGGCGAAUUCUUCAUGGCGGCAGCGUUUGGUAGCGGUUCGCUGAUUAAUGGCGAGCGAGGUAUUAACGGUAUGUAUGGGACAGCUGGGGGAGGGAGUUGAGUAGUAGUUGCGCGAAAGACACUAGUUCCGCUGGCGGGAAGGGCACUGGGGUUCCACUGGCGGGAGAAAGACACUGGUUCCGCAGGCGGGAAGGGCACUGGGGUUCCACUGGCGGGAGAAAGACACUGGUUCCGCUGGCGGGAAGGGCGCUGGGGUUCCACUGGCGGGAAAGGUACUGCUACCCUGUUAGUACGACUGGCGGGAAGUGCGCCAGCCUCUAUCGAUUGUCGCGUGGCGGGAGGUAGAGGUGGCGUGCUGUGGCAUGUGAGAGAGAACACGUGGAUGGGGUCUACCGCAGCUCGUUGGAAGGAGUUGUUGAUUGGACAAAGCAAGGCGAGGAAAUCCCCCGCUCGCCGCAGUUUCGUUGGCCAGUGAGGUGGGGUCGGGGAAGAGUGGGGGGGUGCUAACGCCGGGAAAGAGCAGGAGGGAGGAGGGUCGAAGGUCGAGCGGCACGGAUCGGCUGUAGGGUUGGAGUGAGGAAGGAGGGGUGACGGCUCCGUGAGGGAGAGGGAGGGGUCGAUCGAUCUGUCGAUGCCCUCCUGUUUCUCUCUCUCCUUGGCAAGCAGCAGGAGCGGGGAGGGGAUUUCGCCCUGCAGAUAGUCAGCAGCAGCAGCCAGGAUGGGGCAGUUCAAUGGAGGGAUUAGCAUCGGGAUCUCGACUCUUUCCACCCUUUUUGCCACCGUGCUGGCUAUCUGGCAGAUAUAUCACCACUUGAAGAAUUACACGGAGCCAACCUUUCAGCGAUACAUCGUCCGCAUUAUCUUCAUGGUGCCGGUCUACGCGAUAAUGUCAUUGUUGGCACUCACGCUUAGCGAUAAGGCUAUUUACUUCAACACUAUCCGAGAUGUAUAUGAAGCUUGGGUGAUCUAUAACUUCCUGUCAUUAUGCCUUGCGUGGGUGGGAGGACCUGGUGCCGUUGUCGUAAGCCUGAAUGGACGCUUGCUGAAACCUUCUUGGGUAUUGAUGACCUGUUGUCUCCAAGCCAUUCCACUGGAUGGGCGCUUCAUCCGGAGGUGCAAGCAAGGAGUGCUACAAUUUGUAAUUGCAAAGCCUAUCCUUGCAGCUUUCUCCCUCAUUAUGUAUUCCAGGGGGAAGUUCGAAGAUGGAGAUUUCAGUCCGAAAGGAGGAUACCUGUAUGUGACUCUGGCGUACACGGUAUCAUACUCUUUAGCUCUUUAUGCCUUGGUGUUGUUCUUUGUGGCGACGCGGGAUCUUCUGAGACCAUUCAAUCCUCUUCCAAAGUUCCUUAUCAUCAAAUCCGUGGUCUUCUUGACGUACUGGCAAGGAGUGUUGAUUUUUCUGUUGUCCAAAGGGGGUCUGAUCAAUAGCAAAGAAGAUGCUGCGGAUUUGCAGAAUCUGUUGAUUUGCCUGGAAAUGGCCGUUGCAGCAGUUGGCCACCUGUGGGCUUUCCCUCACCAACCGUAUGCAAAUGCAGUGGGUGCGGCGGGUGGUCUUGGCGGAAACAUCAGCCAUGCGAUGAACUUCAACGAUGUCGUCUAUGACACUGUCCAUCAGUUUGCUCCCACCUAUCAUGACUACAUUUUGUACAGUGAUGGUAGCCAGUCUGGUCCUCGGCGGUAUCGUACUCGUACUUUUGUGCCUACUGGCCAGGAAAUGGAGCACACAAGGAAACACAAGGACCUUAAAUCGGGCGCAUCUGUUGCUGGGGUGACCACUUCCGUGGAGGCACGGAGUCCACCGAGCCCAACCAUUAGCGGUGUGAAACCGGGACAAGACCGAAUGCAAACGUCCCUUUUGUCGGAGCAGUCCUUUGCGGGACCUGUGCCGUACGAUAUGAGUCCUCUAGAUCUGCCGAAGAAUGAAGGCCGCCCUCCACUUUCAAGCAGGGGUCCUAGUACCACGGAGUACCACGUAGGUAGGCAAAGUACCGUUGACAGUAGGCGAACGAGUGCUGCGGAGUCGAGAGUAUCGAUGGACGACAGAGAGAUUUCCGACAGGAUGCCAUUGACGACAGAGCGGCGUAGGUCAACGGAUCUGCUCAUGGAUGAUAUCGAUCUGAGUGAAGGUCAUACUGCGUCGUGAGGUUGGGCUUUGAGCCUUUGGGGUGAGGACUCUGUCUCAUUCUGCUCCUGUUUUGUUCCGUUACCCGAGCAGUAGGUUAAUCAAUCUCUGUCUCUUACGUUCCAUGCACAUGUCAUCAUGAUGUGAUGUCAGUUUUAUUUCUUCUUGUCUUUCUUACUGGGUUGCUCUGUGCAGUGGUUGAUUCAUGGCGAUGAAUGUGGCUGUUACGUUAAAAAAUAUAUGUGCGCCCUCUCGCUCGAUCUGUUGUGUUGCUGUGUCAGGGUUGCCACUCUUGAUGGUCUAUCCGGCAUUUGCCUCCCAGUUGUCCUUUUCUUUGUGUGUGAACUCAUGUUGUGCGCAAGUGAUGUGGAGUCCCGUGGAUUGCAGCCCUGCAUUCUAUUGAAGGGGGGGUUUGGGCGUGCGAGGAGAUUGACGAGCACUUAUUGGGCUAAGAAAAGAUGACCGCUGUUUAUCUGGCGAACAGACUAUAUGGGCGGAGGGUUUGCAGGGGGAGUGUCCUUCCAUCCUGUCCGGUGUUCUUGUUAUGCCUGUCUGUGAAUGUGGUCAUGCUGGUAAUUCGGCAACCAAUCGACCUAUUUUGCCUUGAGGCAUAGGUAUUGGGGGCUCGGAGAAUUCCGGGUAGAGAUAGGAGGGGGUCAGGAGGAAGGAGGGGGGAGGGAAAUGGGGCCCGGGGAAAUGGGGCCCGGGGAAAUGGGGCCCGGGGAAAUGGGGCCGGAGGCAUUGAGGUUGUUCUCAAGUGUUUCAGCAAUUGAGCUGUUUUGCGUGUGGGUUUGGUAGGGGAACAGAGUUGAAAGGCUGGUGGGCAGGAUGGCAUCAAGCUGAAGCGGCCGUGUUGGGAGUUGGGAUGGUUGUGGUGGGGGGGGGGCGGCUUUUUCUCCCCCUUUGCGUGGGGGAAUACGGGGGGGGGGGGGGGAAGGGGGAUGGUGUUCUUGCAAUGGGGAGCUUGAAAAGUGUUCCAGCGAUUGGUCUGUUUUGUGUGCGAGUUCGGUUGGAAGUUGGAACAGAAUUGAGAGGCGUGGAUGGGAGUGGCGGAGGGGAAUGGUGUGUGGUGUACUUGUGAGGGGGUUGGGAAGGUUGUUUAGUUGAUUAUUAUUGUCCUUUGUUUGGUGUAUUAUGUACCAAUCUCUAAUAAUUUCUUUUAGGCCUUUGAGAAGUGGUUUGAGUCCCAGACAGACUCAUUUAGCUUAUUCGGCAACACACAAGGAAGGAAGCGAGUUGAGAGACGCAAAUGGUGACAAUGUGCUAUGUUCUAGCUGGAUGUGCUCUGCAUGGUGCCAUCCCAAAGCAACAUCGUCAUUCCGCGAAGUCCGUAAAAUUGCGUAAAUCCUUGCAUUGGCACUGUCUGCAUCUGCCAUUGAUAGUUCUCGUGCCGCGUGGUGUUCUCCCGCGAUUACAGCAAGGAGGGUAGACAUGGAUGCAGUUAUUGUGCAGCAUACCAGGUUUGCUCUCUUGCUAUUGAUUGAGCUAUCAGCCGAACGGGAGGAUAAACUGUUCCGGUUGAAUGAUAGAUGGGAAAUGGCUACAUCGGUUGGAUGCUGGAGGAGCGAUAACGAUAGCAAGGUAAGGCUUUUGGCACCAGUGGAGCAUGACUGACUGGUCGGCGGUUUUGCCUGAGAAUCUUGGGAGGAGUGGUAGGAAUGUGUAGUAGCUAUUCGUAGGUGUCCAAGACCCCGCGUUGCACCUUCACACUCAAGAGGGCAACUGAAAAGGAGAUUCCGUCGAUCGAUGUCCAUUGCAUCUCUGAUGAGGGGACAUUGACCACGAUGGCUCCACGGCGUAUAGGUAGCUAGGGUGAUAGUCGCGUUUUGAACUGUGGAUUGCCAGUCUAAGGUUGAAAUUGCAGUUGCCACCAGGUCUUGAUUGUCUUCUUUUACUAAUGUCCUUAUCUCUUUUUGUCACUCUUUUGCAAAUGUAUUACGACUUCUUAGGAGGAAUGCCAAUCUGUGAUUGGGGUUCUGGAUGCCUGCGGCAGCAUCAAGCAGGUAGGGGAGGAGGGGCUGGAUGGGGUGAAACAUGGCAUGGUGAGGCAGGCAGAGAUGAAAAGGGGGUGGAUGGGAGGAAACAUGGCAUGGCGAGGCAGGCAGAGAUGAAAAUGGGCGGUGGGG